GUACCCCCUUGACUAAAGCAUGCGAAUGUAAACAAAUUUCUUAAAAUGUUCAAAUUUAAUUUUAAUAACGAAAGUGCUGAAAUCGAUGAAGAAUUUUCAAAACAGUCACAAGAUGUUCCUUUAAAAGAGUCUAAAAAAAUUGAGUGGACACAAGAACAAUACAGAAUAUGUGCUGACAACAUCAGAAAUUCCAAAGUUAAUUGCUUUGUUUCUAAUGAUAUCGAGAUUGGAUAUCUAGAUAGCACUUCAAUGGUUGAAUCUAAUGACACAGACUUGAUCCCUCGAGUUUAUGAAGGUGGCUUUAAAAUAUGGGAGUGUACACAAGAUCUCGCCGAUUUAUUUUCAAACAACGAAGGUGAAGUUGAUUUUCAAGAUAAGAUUGUUUGCGAUUUGGGAUGUUCAGCUGGCGUUUUAGGAAUUCUUUCUCUUGUUAAGAAUGCUGUACAUUUGGAUUUUCAAGACUACAAUGAAGAAGUUCUUGAAAAGUUCACGAUGCCAAAUGUCAUCCUCAAUUGUGAAGAACGAUCCAAACCAGAAGAUUUUCUAAAAUGUACCUUCUAUUGUGGUGAUUGGACAAGUUUUGCUGAUCUUACUUGUGAUGAUAGGAAAUACGACAUAAUAUUAACAUCUGAAACAAUUUAUAAUCCCGAAAGUUACUCAAAACUUAUUGAAUUAUUUAAAGCCAGAUUAGAUAGGAAAGGAAAAAUUUAUUUGAGUGCCAAAUCUUAUUACUUUGGAGUUGCAGGUAAUAUUCUCGAUUUUAUAAAAUAUUUAGAAAAAGAUGGAAGUUUUAAUUUUGAUAUUUUAUGGAAGUCAAUUAAUGGUGUACAAAGAGAAAUUUUAUUAAUAAAAUUUAAAUGCGAAAAAUAACGUCGAAAGGACUUUCCACAUGAACUUCGAAAUUCUUUUACAUUCAAA